ACUAAAGCCCAAAUACAGCCAUGGCCCAGAUUCAAAUGCGAAAUUGUUGUUGAUUCAGUUAGUUGUUCAAAUUAAAGGCACUACAUUUCAUAUCAAAAUUAUCCAAUAGCACUGCAACGUUUAUGUGGAAACGAAAACGUUGCAGUUUUAAUUGCAUAACGUUCAUCGUAGCGUCAGCGUCGGUUUGCAACGUAGCGCCGGGUUGAAUUGAAGAGUCAUGUUAAGUUACGUCGGGUUUAUUUUAGAGUCACGUUUCUUGUAACGUCGGGUUGUAUCGUAGCGUCGGGCUUCAUGGAAGAGUCGGGUUGAUCGUAGAAACACGUUUCUAGUAACGUCGGGUUGCAUCGUAACGUCGGGUUGAAUCGAAAAGUCGGGUUGAUCGUAGAGUCAAGUUAAUAGUAACGUCGGGUUGCAUCGUAGAGUCGGAUUGAAUGGAAUAGUCGGAUUGAUCGUAGAGUCACGUUUAUAGUAACGUCGGGUUGCAUCGUAGCGACGGGUUGCAUGGAAGAGUCACGCUAAUCGUAGCGACGGGUUGCAUGGAAGAGUCGGGUUGAUCAAAGAGUCACGUUUAUAGUAACGUCGGGUUUGAUGGUUGCGUCAGAUUGAUUCGCAAAGUCACGUUAUCGCAACAUUGCGUUGCAAUGUAGCGUCUUAUCCGUCUCUUGUGUUGCAUUCGUUUCAUGUGUUCGUCCGUUUGGUCCCAUAUCUUUGUGUUCUUUUUUUCUAUUACAGUAAAUUUCAAUGUUCAUCAAUAACUUGUAUGUGCUACCUGAGGAUAAGCCCCUUUAACAUGGUUUGUCAAUAAGGAAUCGGGAACAAAUGACAGACCACGGAACGCUAUAAAGUUAACGCUCAACCUUUCAGUCAAAACAUAAAAAGUAUAGUGAUGUGCAUAGCGUUUCGUAUGCAAAAAGUGGUAUCGUUAGUGUUGCAGUGAUUUAGCUGUUAUAAGAAUACAUGUUCACAACGUGAAGCCAUUACCUCCUUUACCAACAUUUUGUGGACUUACGUGGGGAUAGCCAUGAUAUCCAUUUGGAUGUCUUGUUUGGUCACUUUCUCGUCGUUACGGGUGUAUACAGUAGCGAACACAAGACCUGUGUUAGACACUCUGGAGAGAAUUGCCAUCUUUGGGACGGAUGCCUCCACGGACUUGUCAGACUACCACUCGGUUGUCGUGCAUCUCUUGAACGGAACGGAACCUUCCGAGGUCGACGUCAGGCAGUUCCGGGAGCGGCCGCCAACACUGCAGUACCGAGUGUCUCUCGGCAACGAAACGUUCGCGAUCUCUCUGCGAAAGAAUACGAACAUGAUUUCAUCGCGCUGCAUCAUCCGUCACGUAAACGGUAGCGGCCACUCCACGGUGAGCCCCUGCGUGGAGCAUGACGUCACAUGCUACUACACCGGAACAACCAGCGACCACAACGACUCCUGGGUGGCGGCCAGCGUCUGUGAAGGGCUGAAAGGCUUGCUCAGUUUUGGCAACACGAGCUUGUUCAUCUACCCCAUGAAGCGGACAUCGGAUCAGACGUCAACGUCAACGUUGCCCAAUCACGUGAUCUACCGUUACCAGGGUGACAAGCACGUGUGCAAGACGGAAGACGACGUUACCGAAAUACUCCAUCCCACUUCUCAAGCGCAAGGGAGGCACCAGAUCAACGGAAUGAAGACCAGGUACAUAGAGGCGGGGAUCGUGGUCGACCCUCCCAUGGCGAGAUUCCACAACGAAAACAUUCUCCAGUACCUCUUCACUGGCUUUAACAUCGCGUCGCAGUUGUUCGCAGACCGUUCCAUUGGCACCUUGAUGAAACUCUUAUUGUCAGAGAUCAUUGUGUUCAACUCCCCCGAUGGGUUUGAUGUGAGUGACACAGUGGACGCUGAGAAGACAAAGAAUAGUUUCUGUGAGUGGCAGAGCAAGCAUCACACGCUGAACAAAACUGACGUUACUAUCCUUUUAACACGAAAUGAUAUUGAAUAUGGCGCCAAUGACAACGGGAAGUCCACGAACGGCCUUGCGUUCCUCUCUGGUGCGUGUAAAAUACGAAAGAAGUGUGCCGUCGUGGAAGAUACUGGGCCCGUAUUCGGUCUCACCCUGGCGCAUGAAAUAGGCCACCUUAUCGGCAUGAGCCAUGACAAUACAAGCAAUAACCACUGUCCCCCCGCCCUCAUGUCCGCGUACGGCAAUUCUGGAGUGGACGCCUUCCGGUGGUCCAAUUGCAGCGCCAAGGAACUCUACAACAACAGGUACAAUCUUGGGUGCCUGGAAAACGCUCCAGUGAGUGGAGACGAGCUCGUCCCGCUGCCUCUUCCCGGCAUGGUGUACACAGCGGACGAUCAGUGCCGUCUUAUGCUUGGUGACCACGCCUACUUCUUCUACAACCCAGGACAUGACCCCUGCAAAGCGAUAGCCUGCCACACCGAUCUGGGCAACUACUAUUACCCCCAGCCUCUGAUGGACGGGACGGACUGUAACAACACCCGAACGUGGUGCAUGCGCGGUCAGUCAGUUGCGAUGAACGCUUCCCUUCAGACAGACCCUAUCCCAGGGGGAUGGAGCCCAUGGGUGAGCACCACGUGCAGUCGCACAUGCGGGGGAGGCAUUUUUAUGCAAACAAGGACGUGCACGGACCCAAAACCCAGAUACGGCGGGAAGGACUGCGAAGGGCCACGGAAGACAUACCUGCUUUGUAAUAUGCAGAAAUGCCCCGAUUAUAAAAGCCUGAACACAACGUGCGACGCGCUAGAUAAAGGUAAAUACGGAUGCAACUUCACCUGCUUCUACCGGGUAAACGACCUCCAGACCUGCUUUACCCCAGACCUAACACCGUACAGGGCCUGUGUGAGGCAGCAGUGUCAGCAAUUCGGCUGUGAUGGCGUAAUGGGAUCGGAGAUCAAGUAUGACGUGUGUGGGGAGUGUGGCGGGAACGCCACCACGUGCAGGAAAGAGACGUACGCAUUCUUGAACCCAACCCGAUACUUCCUGAAUGGUUACCGGGCCGUUGCGAGAAUUCCUAUUCACAGCACGGCCGUGCGGGUGGAACAGAAUAAUACUGAUAUGGUUCUUGGUAUCACAGCGAACAACGAGGUGAUAUUCGACGGAGAAAACUGCCCCACCCAGACGCUGGUGAUCAUCCGCGACCUUCGGAUUUUAUACACCCGCCUUCCGGAGAUAAUAGAAAUAGCAGGGCCCGUAAAUGACAACUUGGUCAUUCAGGCACGAGUCAGGAUCGGCUCUCUUUCCAAUGAGACGAGCCACUUCGCGGUGGCGUGCGCCUACCACAUGGGAAGACGCGAUGACAUCCCCCGAUACACGUGGGGAGCACGCACGAGCCCCUGCUCCAUCACCUGUGGCGGGUUAUCCAGCAGUAAGAAAACCUACCAGUGUUUUGACAUCAGUGGCACCACAGUUGAAGACUAUCGUUGUGAUAUCGCUACUAAGCCCAAUGAUGAGCUAUCUCGUUGCGACACUGCACCCUGCCCCGUGAGAUGGGUGGCGUCUGGCUGGGGAUACUGUUCUGCACGAUGUGGGCAGGGAUUUAAGCUGCAAAACGUGUAUUGUAUGCAGCUUGCCGACGGACAAGAUCAAGUGCUGAGCGAUGAUCGCUGCCUCGGGUUUACCAAACCAGAUUCCAACAUCACGUGUCAUCUGGAGCCAUGUGGGAUAUGGAGGAAAAUGAGAGUGUCUCAGUGUUCAAAGUCGUGCAGUGAAGGUAUGCAGAUUACGGAAUACCAAUGUUUUCAAAGUGCCACCUCCGAUAUACGAGUAGCUGACUUCAUGUGUCCGGAACGGCCAAAACUAAUUGAAGUCUGUAACCACGGACCAUGCCUGAUCGAUCCGGUUGGUUGCUCGGACCUGUUACCGGACUGCAAGCAGACAUACGGACAUGACAUUUGUUACGGAACUUACAAACAAUGGGCCGAAGUAAACUGUAAAGACACCUGUGGGGUAUGCGCCGACCGAGCUCCCCCAACCACAACCGCACCGGACCUGGAUGAGAGAUGUGGGCAGUACUUGCAAGGUGGCCAGGCGCUGGAGUUGUGUGUCACAAAGUACCGGAUAUGGGGAGAGAGGAACUGUCCCACAACGUGUGAGCCGUGCAUUGGUGCUGUGGACAGACCACGUGACGUCACAGUGAGAUGCGAGAUGUACAACCGGAAGUAUUGUCUGGACCCCGCCUACCGUCAGUUCAUGAGCGCUAACUGCGGUCGCUACUGCUGCCACUGCUACAUCGACGGCAACCUGUGUCGGUUUUGAUUGCCGACGGGGGACAUUGACGCGAUACAAAUGUUUUCUAUACGUAUGCGAUUUUGUUGAUGCAUAUUUGUGCAGCAAUUUUGUUUUUUCAGCAUAAGGACGAUCGAUAAAUUGAAACUUGAUAUAAAUGUUUUCUUUAUAAUAAUGUUGUUUAUGUAUUUUAUAACAUUCUAUCAUUUGCAUGACGAUGAGCUUUAAGUGAGCAAUUAAAGUUAGAUAUUCAUAUAUCAAUCUGGGGGGUAUGUGUAUUAAGAUUGACUGUUUUUAUUGCUUUAUCCCAUUGAAGACCAGUACGUUAAAAUGUAUCAUAUAAAACUGUUCUUACAGAAAUAAAUAAACACUGGAAUUUACAAUAUGUAAUAUUGAUUUUUGUUGCUUUAUCCCAGUGAAGACCAGUACGUUAAAUGUAUCAUAUAAAACAUUUCUUACAGAAAUAAAUAAAAAACUGUAUUUUACAAUAUGUUCUCUUUUAAUCGUUAUCGAUGUUCAGAUAUUUUGUGGGUGGAACAUACUGUGGCAUUGCGGCUUGAUAAUACUGCGUUAUAACUGUAUGUUUUUAUAUAUUUUUCAGCUAAGAACAUUACUUUUUUUCAUUAAAUCAUUUAUACGGCUUGUCUUAUGCUAUAUACACAUUGCAAAAGUAUCAACGCGCUUAAAACUGACACAUUUAGAAGUAAGACAUACACAAAUCAAACAAGUUUGCCAUUAUAUGAACAAUAAUUUAAGCAAAUAUGUAUAUAGCAUAUUUUAGGAUGUAUAAUGUAGCAAACAUUAAUGGUUCUCCGAAUGUCCAAACAUUUUAGUUAAUUGCGUUUUCCAUGGACUUCGUUGGAAAAAUAGUUACUUGAUUUUUAUAUAAACCGUUUAUGAUUUAUUUCCUUUUGCUCUUUCUAUAAAGAUAUUGAAAUUGUUUUGAACAUGGUUCUCUUUAUUCUCUGUUCUGAAUGUGCAUCAUAAUAAAUAUCUGUUUGAAGCAA